AUGGCGGACAAGAUCUCCGGUGCCACCAUAAGUGCCGCUGCCGAUGCUCAUCAGGACAAAGGAGAAAAGAUGGAGGACACCAAGGAGGGCAGCGUCUUUGUUCCUCAUGAGCCUCCGACUGAUUUUAUUCAUGGCAACCACUCGAUGUACUCGGAUUCUAGCAUCACUUUUGAGAGCUAUGUCUACUGGGCCAAGCGAUCGCGCGAGGUUGAGAAGAACAUUUCGACCGACGAUGCCGGGUUUGCGCACUGGCGCAAGAAGUUUUUUAGCAAAAGGUCUGAUGCUACAGUACAGGAUGCCCCUGUCGUGACUGAGUCCAGCGCCAAAACUCCCAGCAAAACGAACAGCGAUAGCACAGCCGAUGAUUGGGGCAUCACCGAAACAGAAUGGGAACAGGCACAGCGGGCUGGGCGAACUGCAACCUGGGGCUCGAUCUUCUAUCUAAUUACCACAGACAUCUUCGGACCGAUCAAUGUCCCCUGGGCAAUCAGUCAGAUGGGCUACGGGCCAGGAGCUGCACUUUACACUGUUUUUGGCGCCAUGGCUUCUUACUCCGGCAUGCAACUGUGGAGGAUAUUCGUCGGUCUUGACUCGACUCGAUUCCCGAUGCGCAAUUAUGGCGAUGUGGCAUUCCGUGUCUAUGGAAAUUGGGCGCGCAUUUUUGUGAACAUCCUACAAAGUUUCCAGUUCUUCCUCAAUGUCUCCCUGCUCAUUGUAAGCAACGGACAGGGACUGGCGCAGAUGGUUGUUGGGGCCAAUGGUCAGGGAUUCCUGUGUUUCAUUGCUGCUGAGGUUAUCUUCAUGGUCAUCGGCUUUGUAUUUGGACAGAUCCGUACCCUGCAACGUCUUUCUUACCUGGCUAACAUUGCGAUCUGGCUGAAUGUCAUUGUCAUCAUCAUGACUAUGGCUGUGGUUCGUCAAUAUCCCCCGAACUACGCCGCAUCAUUGACUAGCUAUGAUACUCCAAAGGGACCUGUGAAGACGAGCGGCUACUGGCCUGAGAACUCAACUCUUAAAGACAAAAUCAAUGCUAUGAUGAAUGCUAUUUUCGCAUACGGUGGUGCGACCCUCUUCAAUGAGCUCAUGGCUGAGAUGAGACGGCCAUAUGACUUUUGGAAGGGGUUUAUCAUUGCCGAGAUAUUCAUCUACUCCUGUUAUCUUCUCUCGGGCAUGGUUGUUUACAGUGCGCAGGGCCAAUUUACAUUCAAUCCUGCUUACCAGGGUAUUCCAAAUUCCGCCUACAAGUUCCAGACUUUAGGCAAUGCCAUCUCAUUUAUCACCGGCGUCAUCGCAGCAUUGCUAUAUGGUAACAUUGGAAUCAAAGUCUUCUACAACGUCGUGCUACGCGAUGUCUUCCAUUUCCCGGACUUGAACAGCCGAACAGGCAAAUUACUGUGGAUUGGGCUAGCGCCUGCCUACUGGGCUGUCGCUUGGGUGAUAGCGGCUGCAAUCCCGCAAAUUAGCAAUCUAACAUCCUUCGUGGGAGCCGCCUGUAUCCUGCAGUUUUCUUUCACGUUCCCACCGAUGUUGCUUGUUGGGUUUAACAUCCAGAAUGACGCGAUACUCCCCGAAGAAGAGUUCAAUCCUGCAACUGGCCAGGCACAGCGCUUGGAUAGUGGAAUCAAGCGAUGGAUCAGAGGUUACAAAAAGAAGUUUGUGUGGAACACCUUCGAUGUAAUCUACGCGCUUGGUGCGUUGGCUGCCGCUGGUCUGGGAAUUUGGGCUUCAGUUACUUCGAUGCACAAGGCAUUUGGGGCGGGUAAACUAACCCCUUUCACUUGUGCAAACCCAGCUGCAUAA